AUGCCCAUCCACCACAUAAGCCUCAAUGUCGCCAACAUCGAAGAGGCGCGCGACUUCUACCUCGCCGCACUGAAGCCACUCGGUUACAAAGUCACCACGUCCUUAAUCGACGGCAAGGUUUUAGGAAUGGGCACCGGCUGGGGUCCUGAUUUCUGGCUUGCCUCCAUGGACGCGCCGUGUGCGGAUGGUAGCCACACAAGACACGACAUGUCCACCUCAACUGGCGUCUCAGCCGGCUCAAAGCAAGUCGAGAAGAAGAAAGAGAAGACAGGCGAAAUGCACCUUGCGUUCGCUGCGAAGAACAGAGAGCAAGUCAGGCAGUUCCACAAAGCAGCGAUUGCUGCUGGAGGAAAAUGUAAUGGCACCCCAGGCCCUCGAGCUCAGUAUUUCGCCACCUACUACGGUGCUUUCGUCCUGGAUCCUGACGGGCGAAACCUUGAAGCUGUGUGCUUGAAGCCUGCAUUCCUCGCGGAGCCCUGGGGUCUGGUUGGUUGGGAAAUUACUGGGUUGGUUUUGGCUGGUGUCACUGGAGGUGUCGCCACUUGGGCUGGGUGGCUUUGA